UAGGCCUCGCAAGCUUGCCUUUGGAUUGUUUAUUUAUAGUGAAAGAAAAACUCAUUUUUGCUAAAUUGAUUUGAAAACGCCCAAAAAGUUCGUCGCUUAGUGUAUUAUGAAAACAAUUUAUACACUACUGAAAUGGUUCACUUCCGACAAGAUUCAAAAUGGCGACAAUUCUUGAAGUAACAACGUAUCUCAGCUGGGUUCUGUUAUUGGUUGCAUCGUCCCAAGAAACCGUUCUCCCUCUCCAUACCACAAUCAAUACAGCUUUAACUCGAACACAUUGCGCACGAAACAAAGAGAUCACUCCCUACCGUGUGUCGCCAGACCCAGCCCCAACCCAAUGGAGUGUAAAGCCCGAAGAAAGCGUCUCCAGCAAACGGACCCAAUUACCGGCAAACGAACAGCGAACCGGCAGCAAAUUGAUAGAGUGCUACUUUGAAGGCUCUUCGGUGCAAUCAUUUAACCGCAAACAGGUCGACAUGCAAUCUGCCGAAGGCACCUCACCACUUGAGCAAGGUGCCACCGUUGUACCAAACAACGCGGAACAAGGGACCGGCAGUACGGUAAGAUGCGGUUGGCAUGACGACGAUGGUGGUGGAAGAAAGUUUCCGGGAAUUAAUGCAGCGACCCGACUGUGCCCCCCCGGUUGGAUGAAUUGUAGUGGUCGAGCAGUGUUCGAGUCGAUUUGUGGCCAGGCUGAACGACGAACUGAGCAGCCGGUAAACGGUGCACAAGGACACGGUGCUAAAGGGCUUUGCAAAAGUGCAUUCAGCCGGAUUGGUGGUGAUUUCACAGAUGGAGGAAACCUUGCCGCACCUGGGGGGUACGCUGGCUUGAAAAGGCUUCAGCAUCACUUCACCACCGAGAAGAGAACACAAGCCCAGUGCACCCCAUGCCGUCGCCAAGCAACAGAUGGCCGGCGGAACGGUUCCCGAGUGUCCCUGUGGGAAGCACCCACAGAGAAGCAUUGGAUUCGGCACGAAAGAAUUGAUAAACGGAAACAAUCUCGAGAGCUGUCCGGUGGGAAGUUUUUGGACAAGUUUGAAGCAGUUGCUAGCCGGGACAUGUGCCCGGUCGUCCCCAGGAUAAUGCUCUGCACGGUAAAUAUUCUCGAGAGUCAUUCGGAACUCAUCGUAAACGUGCUGCCGAGAGGAAAUGAUAGCUCUUCAACGAACGAAACGGACCGCUCGGUGAAACAAGCGUACAAAAGCGUCGAGUGUAACGUGGACCCUUCCGAUCAGGGCGAACGCAUCGUCGGUGGACGGAAUGCACUGUACGGCGAUGCGCCGUUUCACGUGUCGUUGAGAAGCCUUUACCACGAGCGGCGGCACGGUUUCGGCAGUGGGUUGUUCUGUGGCGGGUCGCUGAUUACUGCCAGUCGCGUCCUGACCGCAUCCCACUGCUUCACCACGAAACCCUCCAACAUGGUGGUGGUGGCCGGCGUACUGAAUCGGUUCGAUCGAUCGGAGCGUAUGCAGCAGCGCCGUGUCUUGCGCUACCUGGCCCAUCCGGGCUGGCACGCAAGGACACUGGCCGCGGACAUUGGGCUCGUUGCGCUGGUGAGCCCUUUUCAGUGUGAUGACGGUGUACAGCCGAUCGCACUGCCAAACCGUCCACCGGUGGAUGGAGAGCCCUGUACCAUAUACGGUUGGGGUCAAACGGAGGAAGGUCGUAAGCAGCGCUUCCAGCCCGUCUGUCUGCAGAAGGCCAGUGUGAGCGUGCUGGGGUUGGAGCGGUGCAAUCGUUCGCUUCACACGGUCGUUGCCGUGCCGGACGGUACGCUCUGUGCCGGGAGCUUUGCCGGUGGGGUUGACUCCUGCCAGGGCGAUUCGGGCGGUCCGCUGGUUUGUGGAGGCGGCGGUGCACUUUAUGGCAUCGUUAGUUUCGGUUGGGGCUGCGGCAGGGCCAACUUCCCCGGUGUGUACACCGAUGUGUUCCAGUAUCGGGGCUGGAUCGUGGAGGCGCUGGACAGUGAUCCAAGGACGUGGAGGGGUACCGGUGGCACGGUGGUCUUUGCCCCAGUGCGCUGGAGCACUGCUGUGGGUGUAAUAAUAAUGUUUAGCACCGAGCUGCUGGUGCUACUGCCGUCGUAAACCGUCUAAACUGAGUGCCGCUGAGUCCAUUUUCUUCGAGUUUGGUGUUUUGGUGGGCAGCAAAAUAAGGAACUGUCAAUUAUUCCGCGGAGAGUUUAGAAUCUAAAGGAGCUGUGGCACUAGAACGUGCAAGCAAAGUGUCAGACUGGGGGGAAUUAUUUGGAGACCAAGAAGAACACAAACAUCAUAAAAUGGAGAACUGUGGAGAAGCUGUUUUGAGCCAAAGCCAAAGUGUCUGGAGUAGUGAUGGGUAAAGGUGGCAAAAUUCCUGAGCCGACUCUGAUCCGUAUCCGAAAAUUUCGGAACCGACUUCGGAAAGUAGGUCCAUGUAUUAACCUGAGCCGUUUGGAAUCGUCUGGAGUAGUCCGGAAUCAUUCGAAGUUAUUCAAAGUCAUCCUGAGUUGUCCAGAGUUGGACGGAGUCGUCCGGAGUCGACCGGAGUUGGUUGGAGUUGGCUGGAGUCGUCCCGAGUCUUCCAGAGUUUACCAGAGUCAUUCAGAGUCGACUAAAGUUAGCCGGAGUUAGGCCGUUGCGAUGUGUUUGUCAGGAAUUUUAUAUCCGAUUCCAACUCUUGCUGACUUCAGUUGGCUCAAACUGCUAUUCUUAGAAAGAAAGGCCUGUCUAAGAAGUGCACGCGCAAAGCGAAAGAGUUAAAAUUUAUCUCGAAAUUAAAUGCCUGACCACAAACACAUUGCACCGGCAUAUCUUCGUCAAACUCCAACUCGGGCUGAAUCUGAGGACUAUUCCAACUCCAGACAUUUCCAGAAGACUCCAGACGACCCUAGACGACUCAGAAUGACUCUGACCAACUCUGGACGACUCCAGACGACUCCGGAUGAUUUUGACCAACUCUGGACGACUCCAGACGACUCCGGACAUAUCAGGAAUACUCCCACUCCGGGCGGAACUAGUGGUUCCGAUUUCUCCAGAAUCGUAAUUGCUCUUACAAUAGCCGGAAUCGGAUUGGAGUCUUGAGUGCACACCAUAAAAAGCACACCACUAGUCUGAAGACACCAUUGGCUCGUCUUCUCGUACCAUCUCCGGAGUUAGCAUGAGAGUGUUAGAGCACUGCCACGGGCCCGUAUACCGAACCGGUUAAUGAUAUUUACCGUCCAAUUCCGUACCCGUAUGCUGCGCUGCUGCGGGGCAAACCGACCAUCGCUCCAACUUUAACUAUUCCACUUAAUUAGUUUUAGUUUUACGAGCCCAAAACCAGCCGUAACGAGUACGGGCACUUGCGAAACCCAACCGUACACAAUAUGUACAUUGUCACUGGUAGUUAGGUUGCAGUAGUUUGCAUCGUUCGGUUAGUUUAGCCCUCAGGUGCCGUCCUGGUACUGGCUACUGCUGCUGCAUGCAGUAUGCAAUGUACUCGGAUACUGGUGUUUCGGUGGUUUAGCGCCUUCAAACAAUGGUGCAGACGUGGAGGCCCUGGAGGGCAAGAGCCGGUUCGCAUGCACCAGUGUGCAAUGGCUAGCUUGUGUCGUAACCAGCCGUGGGCCUGGACCGUCGUCCAAAUCAAACCCGAAGCGAACCAACAUGACAACGGCAUGAAUCCUGCUGGCUGGCUAAACUUAGCCGGCAGGGCUAACCGCACUCAAACAUACAUAGUGCCUUUCUCCCUUUCUCAUACGCCCUCUCUUUCUCUCUCACGCUCUCUCUAUGAGCGUUUCAGCUUUCCCAGCGAUGCUGGAUGACGGUUUGGUUAUGCAUAUUUUAUUUUAUCCUUGCUUCCACGUCUUCACGUUCCAUUCUUUUUUGCUGGAGACAUCGUGUCGUUUCGCCACCACCGCUCUCUAACCCUAACCCAUCGUCUGAGCAUCGCGUCUGCUGCUGAUGGUGAUGAUGAUGAGCAACGAUUUGUGGCCACCGCUGGGUUUAGUGCAGCAGCAAUGGUGUGAGGCGAUUUUUUCCCUUCUCUCCAAUGCCAGCGACUUUGACCGGUUUGCACCAAACCCAAGCCAAGGAGUCCUUUGGGUCAGUGGAUAUAAUGUAUGCUAAAGAGCACUCUCCAUCGAUGGGUGACGAUGAUGGGCAAGCUUGCUAAACUUUCUUUUAAGCAUCUUCAUUGGCACUGUUACGAGAUUUCCCAGUGGUUGUGUUUUGGUUGUAGUGUGGCCCAAGUAAUGCACAGAACGGGAUUGUGUUGGAGUAGCCUCAGUGAUUGGCAUUUUCAGAGAAACUCUUUGAUUAACCAACUUGCAUAAUAGACUCGGGGAAAAAGGCUCUCUUGCGGCUCUCGGCUAUCGGCAUAACCACUUUAAAGUGCCACCUACAUUCAUUAAAAGACACCCAACUGUACGUCCACUUCCCUAGAGGACAUCGUACAUGGUGAACGCCUCCACGACUAUCUGGGUUUGAGCGCAAGAGCCUUUCAUUUUACAAAAAAAAAAGAAUCCUACAGUUUAUGCCCUUUAAACGCCGGGUGGGAUUGAGUAAAGUGAGUUUGCUGGGAUGUUGCUUAGUAGCCAACACAUCCUCCAUAUGAACGAGUCUUUCCACGAGCCUGAAACGACCGAACCUCACCAACCGAAACAAAUUCCUUCGAGUUUCGAGAUGGGCGUUAGGUAGAAGAAGAGCAUCAGGACGGGUCAAUUGAGAAGUCAAUUUAAAGAAUUAUGUGAAGUAACUACCCCCCGGGUUGCCGGUUUGUCACAUUUGUUGCACGAGCUCACUUGCCUGCUGGAGACAUCGCAACCAACAUCAAACGAACGCCGUGAUUCAGUUUUUGUUUGUGUUUUUUGCCUUGCUGCUCAAGGACAAACAAGCUCCUCUGUGUUCGCGUGAAGUGUGUUUAGGUCCCGCCGUGGUGGUGUGUUCGAUACAUUAGCGAUGGUUCGUGGUAAAUUGGAGCCUCCAACUCGGCGGUGUGCACUCGCCAUUGACAGUUUGCUGCUUCGCAAGGUCGUCGCAAGCAGACAAGCCUACCAAACCCUCUACAAACAGCCACUCGCUGUUGGUGGAGUGAAUACAAUUUAAAAGCUUUUCAGUCUGCUUGCAGAAGCGCCCGACAGUGGAGAGCGCUUUGUUUGCGCUUCUUUCCCAUUCCGAACACGCUGUAAAAAGACGCGCACCGAGCAAAAGGAGCAAUUUACAGCUCCUGCG